AUAAAAGAGACCUAGUAGUAUUAGUAGUAUAAAAAAUAUUAACAUGGACUCGGAAAAUGAGAUAAUUGUUAUGGGACAUGAUGCUGAGUAUGGAGGUAAAUGUAAUUUACAUAAUGAAGUAUUUUUUUAAACACUUCUGUCUCGUUUUACUUUUGUUUAGAUGAAUUCCAAGAUAUGGUAGUUGAAGAAUAUGAUGAGGAACUGAAUGGUGAAGUACAGGCAAAUAAUAAUCAAGCAGACAAUCCGAGUAUGUAUUUCAUUGAUUUGAGAAUUGACGAUAUGAAAUUUUUAUUUUUAUUUUUUAUAGAUGUAUGGCCAGUGGCAGCUACAAAAAUGCUUAUUGCAAUAAGAGGUCCAAUGAGUGCCGAAUUUGAAAAAAUUAAAAAAAAGGGCCAAAAAACUGCACUCUGGCAAAAAAUUGCCAACCAAAUGACAAAUAAAAAUUACAAUUAUACUGCGAAGCAUUGUGAUGAAAAGUGGAGACGACUGCUCACACGCUUCCGACAGGUACACGAUGCUAGUAAACGCAGUGGAAAUGGAGGCGUAAAAUGGCAAUAUUAUGAUCUAAUGCAAGAUGCAAUGUCAUCAGUAUCAAAACAGACCAUUUCACCUCCAGAAAGUAAGAUAUCUUAGUUUUUUUUAAGGAAGUAUUUACAAUUACCUUUUACCAUUGGCGUGCGCACGAGAC